AUGAACAACCUUCGGCAAAAACUUCAGUAUGCUGGCUGUGCAGAAGUGCAGGUAAAUGCUUACAAAAGAGGAUUUGGUUCUCCCAGAGGUUGCCUUAAGAAACCUCGUAAAUCUGAGGUAAAUUUCUUGCCAAAUCACCCUGGUAGUCAAAAAGAUGAAGAUCUUGAAACAGAGAGGCAGCAGCUUGAGGAUGAAGUGAAGAAGAAAAAUAUGAACCUGGACCUAAUCAACACCAAAAUGGACCUCACUUUUUCCCUGAGAAGAAUGGAGAUUGUCAUGGAUGAACCGCUGGUCUCUGUAGUCCAACAGAGAUGGCCAGGCCUUUUCAUAGAGCAACAGGUGUAUGCAGAAUUUUAUCGCAUUACCCAGGUGCAAUUAAAAGAAACAUUGCUGACAUCCUUGGACAAGUAUUCGACAGCUCUGAUCAAAAUGUACAGAGCAAAAGGAGGCAAGACAGCACAUGAAUUGAAAUCACUUUUAGAAUUACUAGAUGAACAGACUAUGGAUGUUACCACACACAAGAGGGCAACGGUUCUACAAGGACUACCUCUGUACUUAAGAGAAUACAAGAAGUUAUCAACAACAUGUCAUGAUACAGACUCCCUUCAAAUAUAUACAAAUGAAAUGAAGAUAGGAAUAUUAGAGGUUGUGAGGCACCAUGAGACCCAUCCUGGAGCUGCAGCAAUGAAUGUGGCUGUGGUAAUAGAAGGUCGAGUAGUAAUUGAAGAGCUUGCCGACUUCACAACUGCAUUUGUCAUACUUGUUGGUCUUCUGUAUGCUCUAAACAUUCAGUACCCAAAAGAACUUAAAUACACUUUUGAAACAGUGCAGAAGGUGUUUCUAAAUAUUGGAGACUCAUACUCACAUAGAGUAUUGUCACUCAAAAAUAUGCUGUAUAAAUGUUAGGCAAAUGUGUCUCAGAUCUGCAGAAUAGGAUGUGCUUGUCUUUUGAUUUUAGAUUAACAUUGCGAUAGCUACUUUUCUUUGUGUGAAAUUCUUUCUCAGUUGCACCUUAGUGUUAAUGUUAUGACA